AUGCAUAAAACAGGUGCAACAAGAUAUCAAAAGUUUCUUAAAUCUGAAAAGGCAAAAACUAAAUUAAAAGGGAAAAAAGGUCUACCGAAAGGAACUAAUGUAACCAAAACAAAUUUUAAGGUGAAGAAAAUUGUCAUCAAGGAACAACUUAAAAAACAUGACAAUACCGAAGUUUUAUCUUCCAGAAAGCUCAAUAUUAAGGAAUUGUUAUCACGUCUUACUCAUUUUAAUACAAAUGCUAGGAUGGAAGCCUUAUCUGGUUUAAAAGAACUCAUUACCUUACAUCGCCAUUCAUUAGAAGAAAACCUUGGGAAUCUUAUUCAUGGGAUCACACCAUUAGUUUUAAAUGUGGAAAAAGUGGUACGGCGAGAGUCAGUUAAAGUAGUACACAUGUUGUUAUCUAAUGUAGAUAUUGAAAAAAUAGAUCCCUUCUUCGAUGUAUUAUCAACUUAUUUGAGAAGUGCUAUGACUCACAUUGAUAGCAGAAUUCAAGAAGAUUCACUACUAUUUCUUGAUAUAUUACUUUUGUGUACUCCAAGACUGAUAGCUAAGGAUUUUCAUAAGAUUAUACCAAAUUUCCUGGAUAUGAUAUCAAAGUUAAAAAUUGAUUCCAAGCAAGGGAGGACUCUGACUGUUAAUUUGAACAGCCAAAUUACAAGUGUUAAAUGGAGAGUAAAUGUAUUUCAUCGUUUACAGCAGUUCUUAUAUAAGUUUGCUGAACAAAAUGAAGUGUACAAAGAGGAACAGUUACUUAACAAGACCACACACACAUUUGAUGCUUUGAAUAAGAAUAACUUUCCCUUGUUUAACCCAAUUUACACAUCAAUUUGUACUGUGUCGUGCUUUUCAUCUAAGAACUCACAAAAUACAUUGAUUUCUGAUGAAGUAGAAAAGUUCGCAUCUUAUGUCGAAACAUUAAUGCCUUUACUUUUUGAAAUUUGGCUUGAAGCAUGUCCUAACAUAAAAUCAGACAAAAGCAUUGAAAGUGUUAUUACAGAAGAUGCAGCAAUAUUACUUAAACACACUCUUGAAGUAAUUUCUUUGCUUUGGAAGCUUGUUAAGCACUUCAACAAAAAGUACCCAAGUUCAAUGAUACAAAAUACCUUUACUCAAAGAUAUAGAUCUUUAUUUAGUCAACAUUUUGUUGCUUCAUUUCCUUACGUAACUAAUAUAAGAUCAAGAUUGCCAAAAAAUACUGAAUUACCAUUUGAGGACAUAAUAACAGAUCCCAAAUUAGUUGCUGAAAAUUUAGAAAUAUGCUAUUUGUAUAUUACAAUUAAUCCUAAUGUAAAUAUAAAAAGUCAUCAGGCUGAAGUUAUGUCUGUUCUUAGCUACAUCGAAAAACAUUUCUCCAAUCAUUCUCAAGAGCAAAUAACAAUGGGGCAACACAUUGGCAAUCAAGCAAUAUAUUUAAAAUGA